GUUUCUUGCACCUCUGGUGUACGUACGUACCCUUUUCCGUAACAUUGUCUUCAUCACUAUAAAAGCAAAAGGUGAAAAUGGGCCUUACUAAGCGAACAGCUGAAGGAAACUUUAUUGGAAAUGAAACGGAAUCAGAAACUACAACUUCAAAGCCAACACACAUCGUGUUGUAUUGCAAAAUUGAAUCAUGCACCUUCCUUUAUAGAAAGCUCCUGCGGUCGAAGAGGUGGUUGUGCAUUUCUCCAAAUGCGGCUGCAGUUGUGAGAGGCAUUUCCUGCAAUCCUUGGCAGUUUUGUGUCCCUGAUCAUAACAAGUGCCGGUGCCGGAAGCGGAACGGGGACCGCCUUCUACUGGAAUCGUCACGUCAUAGGUGAACUUAUCUGGGAGCCGACUUGCCGUGUCCUUCACCAGAAUGUCAAGAACGCCACGUGCAUAACCCGCGAACCUGGUCUGAUCUGUCGCCGGAGUGUCGCCGCAAAUUGGGGCUCCAAGGGAAGUGCGCAAAUGCCCCCCGCCGGCUAGGACAAUAACCGUCGCCAUUAGUGAUGCAGCAAAUGUGGUCGUGUAGGAAGCCAUUGCUAGUUGUAAUGAAUGACAAACUCUCUGUCAGACUAUUGUCCGGCUAAUAUUGAGAGAUAAAAAUCACUAAAGUAACU